UUUCUGUACGUCACAUGCGCAUGCGCAGUUCUUCAUAUAUGGUGGACGCCAUUUGUGUGUCGUCAUUGGUUGCGGGAUUGGCGUGGUAGGGGUUGUGUGGCCGAUUCGGUGGUGUCGAAAUCGUUCUGGGUGUAUCAUAUAGUCAAAUCAAGAUGGUUUGAUCAAGAAAGUGGAAGUUGCAUUAUUUUUACAAGAAAUAUAGGCUUGUAGAGCAUUUUCUGUUACAAUUUGCCUGUUUGUAUCGGAAAUCCUUGCUGUCACGUGACUCCGAUGGACCAAUCAGAGGCCUCCAUUUCCGAAUUCUGUUGCGUUUGUGCUUCGGCUUUGAGCGGUGGAGCGGCGGCCAUUGUUGUGAGUGAAAUGUGAAAGUCGUGAGAGUUAUAAGGAAUUUUGCCGAGAUAGGGAUUUAGUUUGUUUUGCCCCUAUUUAUUCAGCGUGCAAUGUAUCCGUCUCCGGUGUCAUGAAGUGACGGAAGGGACCUUAAGCUGCACGUUGGUGGCUGUGGCGUGGAUUCUUUCGACGGCGCGGCAUGGCCACUGAAACGGCUGGGGGGCAGGAUCCAGCGGCAAAGAAUGACAAGCAGAUGACAAACUCUGAGAGGCCGGACGGAGCCGCGGCGGCGGUGGCGGCAGCGGCCAAGCCGGACGGCGACUCCAAGGAGAAGCCGCCGGCCGACGAUGACGGCUUCCCGGUGGUGGACCCGGAGUACCGCGGCCCGGUGCAGCCGGCCUACAUCCGGCCGCACGACCAGCCGCGCUACAACUCCAACCAGCUCCAGUACCUCUCCAAGGUGCUCAAGACCCUGUGGAAACACCAGUACGCCUGGCCCUUCCAGGUGCCGGUCGACAGCGCCCGGCUCAACCUGCCCGACUACCACAAGAUCAUCAAGAAGCCCAUGGAUCUGGGCACCAUCAAGAAGCGGACUGAGAACCUGUGGUACCGGUCCGCCAAAGACUGUAUAGAGGACUUUCAAACGCUAUUUACAAACUGUUAUAUGUACAACAAGCCCGGUGAGGACGUGGUGCUCAUGGCACAGACCCUAGAGAAAAUGUUUUUGACUAAAGUGUCGCAAAUGCCGCAGGAGGAAGUGUUCAUUGAGGUGCCUCCUAAAAACGCGAAGGGUAAAAAGGGUCGGCCGUCGGCGACGGGCGUGGGUAGGGGCCGGCCGGCGUCGGCCGCCUCGUCCGUGUCGCCGGGCCGCGACUCUCCGGCGCCGCCGGCCGCCGCCACCGCCACCGCCGCCAAGCCGCCGGCGCCGCCGCCCGCGCCGGCCAAGCCCGCGGAGAAGGCGGCACCGCCGGCCGGCUCCAAGGCUCCGUCUGGGCCGGCGGUGCCGGGCUCCACGGCUUCCACCACCGUCCCGACCGUACCGGCAGCAGCGGCGGCGGCCGCCGGAGCGCCCGGCCGCGGCGCCGACAAACAGACUGCAGCUGCGACCGCCAGUCCUGCCGGCCAUCCGGCGACAUCUCCGAGUGCCACCUCCGACCCGCAGGCGUCUGCGCCGGCCACCGCUCCGCACAAGGUCAAUAAGGGCGUCAAGAGAAAGGCGGACACGACAACGCCGGCGAUGGCGGGCCCGCCGGAGCCGCCGUUCGCCGCCUCUGAGCCCAAGGUGGCCAAACUGGGCAACAAGCGGCGCGAGUCGGGCCGACAGAUAAAAAAACUCGUCAAAGACCUGCCCGACUCGCAGGUGCCGCCGGGCAAGAGUCGAGAAAAGAUGCAGGACUCGAUGAGGGCCUGCAACGAGAUUCUCAAAGAGCUUUUCUCCAAGAAACACUCGGCGUACGCGUGGCCGUUCUACAAGCCGGUGGACGCGGAGAGCCUGGGUCUGCGCGACUACCACGACAUCAUCAAGCAGCCCAUGGACCUGGGCACGGUGAAGCAGAAGAUGGACGCCCGCGAGUACCGCUCGCCAAAGCCGUUCGCCAGCGACGUGCGACUCGUGUUUACCAACUGCUACAAGUACAACGCGCCCGACCACGACGUGGUCGCCAUGGCCAGGAAGCUGCAGGAUGUCUUCGAAAUGAGGUUCGCCAAGAUCCCGGAGGAGGGCGACGAGGAGCUGUCGGCCGGGGCACGCUCGAGCUCCGAGUCCGACUCGGACGCCUCGGAGGUCGAGCGCCAGCAGAAGCUGCUCGUGCUGCAGAACCAGCUGCGGAUGGUCCAGGAGGAAAUCAACAGCCUCAUCCAGGAGAGCCUCUCCAAAAAGAAAAAGGAGAAAAAGAAAAAGAAGAAGCGGGACCGGGACCGGGAGGGCGCCGCGCUGCUGCCGCCGCUCGCCGGCGGUCUGGCCGGGGCGCCGCCGGCCGCCGGCGCCGCAGCCGCUGCCGCUGGUAAGGCUGCCAACGCCAAGGCGGCCAAGCCGAACGGCGCCAAGGCGGCGGCGGGCCGGCGGCCGCGCGCCGGCAAGGCCGCCGGCGGCAAGAAGAAGGGCGGCGCGGACGCGCUGGGCUCGUACGACUCGGACGAAGAGGACACGGCGCAGCCCAUGUCCUACGACGAGAAACGCCAGCUCAGCCUGGACAUCAACAAGCUGCCCGGCGACAAGCUGGGCCGCGUGGUGCAGAUCAUCCAGGCCCGCGAGCCGUCCAAACGAGACUUCGAUCCGGACGAGAUCGAGAUCGACUUCGAGACGCUGCGGCCGUCCACGCUGCGGGAGCUCGAGUCGUACGUGGCCAGCUGCCUGCGCAAAAAGCCGCGCAAACAGCCCGACAAAAAGGCGGCCAGCAAGGCGCGGGACGAGUCGGACAAGAAGCCCGAGCUGGAGAAGCGUCUGCAGGCGGUGACGGGCCAGUCGGGUGCUCCGGCGGCGGCCGCUGCCGCGCCACCGGCGGCGCCGGCGGCUGCCACCGCGGCCGGCAAGAAGUCGGGCCGGAAGGAGGGCGGCGGCCACCUGUCUGCCUCGAGCAGCAGCUCCUCCGACUCGGACAGCAGCUCGAGCAGCUCCAGCUCCUCCAGCUCCGACUCCAGCGACUCCGAGCCCGACGAACCCAAACGCAAAAAGAACAAGAGCAACAAGGCGGCGCCGCAGCCGCCCCCGGCUGCCCCGGCUGCGCCGGCGCAGCCGGCGGCAGCAGCAGCGACCGGGGCCGGUGCCAACGGAGCGGCGAGCCAGCCGGCGCCGGUGGCGACCGCGCCGGCCACCUCGGCACCGGCGGCGAGCGUGGCACAGGCAGUCCCGUCGGCGAGCACCAACGGUCAGCCGGAGCCGACGCCGCCCGUCUCACUGACAGGUACCGUUCCCUCGGUGACCGCGGGCCCGGCGCCGGCGGUCUCGGCGGCGGCCGGCCCUGUGCCGCCGCUGGCCGCCGGCCCCGAGCAGCCCGGCGCUCCGGCCGCGCCGACCGUGUCGCUGUCCCCGCCGGAGCUGGCGCCGGCCGCGCCGCCCGCCUCCAGCACCGACAACGGCAUCGGAACUGAAACUUCUACGGACGACAAUUUGUUCGACUCGCCUAUCAAAAAUACUCCGGCCAAGGUGGCGAACGUGAGCUCGUGGUCGACGCUGGCGCAGUCGGCCGCCACCCCAUCCACCACGCCCAUCAACAUCCAGCCGUCACACAUGGACUCGGCGUUCCAGCAGUUCAAAAAACAAGCCAAGGAGAAGGCAGACAGGCAACGUCAGCUGACGGAGCAGAUGGAGCAGCGGCGCGUGCAGAAGGAGGCGGCCGAGCGCGAGCGGCAGCGGCAGGACGCCGAGCGGCGCCGGGAGCGGCAGGGCGAGGAGCUGCUCGAGCGGCUCUGUCGUCUGAAGCAGGAGCAGGAGGCCGCCGAGGAGGCCGCCCGCAAACAGGCCGAGGCCGCCGCCGCCGCCAAGGCCGAGGCGGCCGCCAAGGCGGCGGCGGCGGCGGCCAAGGCGGCCCACCCGCCGGCCAGCGCCAGUCCCAAGUCCGCGCCGCCGCCGCCGCCGCCGCCGGCGGUCAGCACGCCGUCGGCGGCCGCCGGAGACCGGGAGCGCGCCAGGAUGAGGGAGCAGGAGCGCCGGCGACGCGAGGCGAUGACAAGCCAAAUCAACAUGAACUCACAGAGAGACUUGAUUGCACAAUUUGAGGAGAACCUGAGCAAUUACUGACGGGCGCCGUGGCCGCUCUGCCGGCUGCGCUGGGCCCUGACCGGUGCGGCGUGGUCGCCACCCGCCCCUCAUGGAUGUAUUUAUUAGAUGUUAACUGGUGCGCGCGCGCGGGAAGUGAGAGUGUGCGAGAGAGAUGGAGAGUAUGUGAGCGGCGCUCGGCCCGGUGAUAGUGUGUCGGCGCCCACUCCUCAGCAGCCCGCACAGGCGCCUCGGUGUGCGUGUGCGUGCGCGCGUCUGUGUGUGCGACUGUGAGCGGGCGUGGGGGCGCCGGGGCGCGCGGCGCCCGGCGCCAUUCAGCUGUUCAACAGGUACCUCGAGCAUGGCGCGCGCGCCGGCCAGCCUACUGGACUGGUUUUGGUAUCCAAAACUGUGCAGACGGCGGCCGCCGGCCAGCCCCCGGCGCUGCGGCCGCCGCGGGCGGAGCUUGAGGCCGGCCGGCCGGCGGGCCGCGUGGCCCCGGUCCGCCCGCAGGGCCGCGCGGAGCGUAUCUGUGCUGCGCUGGUUCAGCAUCUGCCUAGCCUUGUUUAGCAAGCGUUCCGUCAAAUUUUCCGGUAUGGUUGGCCGUGCUCGCCCAGUGUGAUCAUGCCCCUUGAUUGUCAUCAGAGCUCUCUGGUCUUGGUUGGACGCUGCCCUUACCGCUGCAGUUUUAGAUCGGCAACCAAGGCCUUGUAAAGUUUUGUAAAUGAGACUAUAUUUUGUGUACAGUACAGGCAAUAGAGAAUCCUGGCUGGUACUAGCACGCCGUGCGUCUCUGGUGGGAGGGGGCGGAGGGCCGGGGCCGGCAGACGACCGGACGAGCUACUGUCAAAGUGGACCAACUGUGAUCUGAGUGACGUCUGAGCCCAGACGGUGCGACCCUGUUCACCGAUUUCACGAUCAUUGUGGAGAGAGACGGCGGCCGAGCGGCUGCCCAACACUCCGGCGGGGCCGGCCGCCACAAUCACGGCGGGGACUGCGCAACUUAUGCCCACCAACAUGAUGUCAACAAUUGUUUGCAAUGGUUGAAUACGAACGUCCAUUACUAUG